AUGGAAGGCCCGGUAUCUCGCAUUAGUACAGGCUCCAUUACGAGCAAAUUUCAAGGUACCGAGGAUAAUAGAACCGAUGGUUGGGAAACCGAAUUGCCAUGUACAUCCUCUAGAGUUGAUGAAUGUUUUGCGGAUGGACCACGCACACAAGAUAAUAGACCCGAUGGUGGGAAAACUGAAACCCCCAUAUCCAGUGCCGGAGAAUCUGAGAAAGUGCAAAUGUAUGGUGAUGAUGUGCCAAAGUCCAAGAUGGAGUUUAAUUCCUUAGAAGAUUUAAUGAGUUACUAUAAGGAAUAUGGGAAGAAAUGCGGGUUUGGGGUGAUGAAAAAAAGAAAUGAGAGGGGAGAGGAUGGGACUGUUAGAUAUGUUACGCUUGCCUGUGCCCGUGGUGGGAAGGCCCAGAAUAGGAUUUUGAAUGUCUCCAGCCCUCGUCCGACAGGAAAGAUUGAAUGUAAGGCAAAGAUUAAUGUCUCAAAAACUCCUGAUGGAAAGUUUCGGCUAAAUUCAGUUCACAAUAUCCAUAACCACAACCUUAGCCCAAAGAAAUCACGCUUCUUUCGAUGUAAUAGAGAAGUAAGUGAAUCCAUAAAAAGGGUCCUUGAUACAAAUGAUAUGGCUGGCAUCCGAAUGAAUAAGAGUUUCGGUUCUCUUGUUGUUGGCGCAGGUGGUGCUGGGGCGCUUCGAGACUACUUUUUACGGAUGCAGUACAAAAAUCUGGGGUUCUUUGCAUUAAUGGACCUGGAUGAUGAUGGGAGGUUAAAGAAUUGUAUGGAUGGUAUAGCCCCUAAAGCUAUUAUCACUGAUCAAGACAGAGCGAUGAAAAAUGUUAUUUCAAUUGUUUUCCCCGAGAGCCGGCAUCGAUUCUGCCUUUGGCAUAUACUUAAGAAAGUACUCGAAAAGCUUGGGAGCUAUGCUUCCUACAAGACUAGAAUGAAAACUGCACUAAUUAGAUGUGUGUAUGACAGCCAAAGUCGGGAAGAUUUUGAGAAAUGCUGGGAUCAGUUCAUCACCAUGUACAACUUGCAUGAGAAUGCAUGGCUGCAGAGUUUAUACAUUGAGCGUGAGUACUGGGUACCGGCCUUCUUGAGAGAGGUUUUUUGGGCUGCAAUGAGUACAACUCAGCGGAGCGAGAGCAUGAAUGCAUUUUUUGACAGCUAUGUUCAUGCGAAGACAAACUUGAAAGAGUUUGUCGAUCAAUAUGAUAAUGCCUUGAAAAAGAAAAUUGAGAACGAAAAUGUAGCGGAUUUCCACUCAUUUAAUGUCACUAUUCCCUGCAUCUCAAGAUCUCCCAUUGAAAAGAGAUAUCAAGAUUUGUACACGAAUGGAAAGUUUAGGGAAGUUCAGCAACAACUUGCCCGCGUUAUCGACUUGGACCCAGUUUUACUGAAGGUGGAUGGUACUAUAAAGACCUAUGGUGUGGAGGAUGAAGUUUGUCUUGAAGAGUUCACUAAAUUGGUUACACAUUCAGUGGUCUUUAGUCAGGAAGAUAUAGCUGCCAAGUGUUCUUGUGGGUUGUUUGAAAUGAGGGGGAUAGUGUGCAGGCACAUCUUCGCUGUGUUCAAAUGUAACGGGAUUAAAUCAUUGCCUGAUAAGUACAUUUUGGAUCGGUGGAGGAAGGACAUCAAAAGAAGAUACAUGUUAAUCCACAGCAGCUACGGCACAGUACAGCAACGGGAGGAUUCUAUAGCUUAUUCAAGUCUUUUGAACAUAUGUUAUAAGAUGAUUACUCAUGUUACGGGUUCGAGAGAACAUACUUUGGAUGCAACUAAUAAGUUGCAUGCAAUGAUUGAGCUGUAUUCUGGCAAUCAAGAUCCCCCAUGUUGUCCCAAUGUUGAUGGUACGACAAAUGUUUCGGCUACUAUUGGUUCUUCAAAACAAGUACUCAGUCCACAUGUUGUAAGAGGGAAAGGGAGACCUCCAUCUCUGAGGAGAGCAUACAGGAUGGAGAGAGACCUACGAAAAGUAAAGGAGAAGACGAAGCGAGCUCAGGGAAAGGGAAAAUGCAAACAGCGAGAUGGAGAAGAUACACCAGUCGUAGACGUGCGCAAGAAUUUAUUUGGCUUUGAGCAUGCUGUUCGAGAAUCUAUACCAACUCCUGACAUUACUGAAGCCCAACCCCAAGAAACAUUUGUGCAAAGUCAAGAAAGUAUGCUUGUUGGGUUGGAUGGAUCACAACCACUUCCGGCUGUAUUGGAUGGUUCACAACCAUCCAAAAUGCAAUGA